AAAUCCGGUAACGGUAGCACUGCAGUUCGCAAAUAUAGCGGGCCGUUGACUAUGCGAUCGAUGAGGAAAGACAGCAAAACGAAACCGACACCCUUUGCUUUACCGGCUGAAGGGGACUCACGAUUCCAGUCGAGUGUAACUAGCGGAAAUCGUGCCGAUACGUCCGUUUCCAAUGACACGUUGACGACAUCUUACGAUUAUGGUUCAUCUUACCAGUUACCGUCGUUCGCGUCUUCAGCUCGAUCACCCUUCCUUCUACCAUCAAAUCUAUCGUCAUACGAUACCCCAAAGAAAAAGUCUUCCUAUCUCUCUGAUAACGGAGGAGCCGAAGAUAUGCGUCUGUUGAUGUCACAGCUUGAAGCAGCAAGCAUUUUGAAAUUCAGUUACCAGUUGGGAAACAGGCCCAGCGUCCAUGUAGGAGGUGCGAAAAAGCUCAAAAGUCGAGAUCAUAUCUGGUCCUCUGGUACCAUUUACCUUCACAACCCUGUUAUUCAAAAACUGGGCGAAUUUCCUGGGACUCUGAUGGGUGACCAACUUGGCGAGCCUGAGAUGCGAUAUCCCAAAGCAGGUGGCCAGACCACACCGGUGACAAAUCUCAAGGAAUUCCAGCCCAAAUUCGGAGAGGUGAGCAUGCACAGAACCAAUAGUGCCAAUUUUACUUUCAAAGAAUCCAUCAAGAAAACAAUAACAACGAUAUGA